AUGUUCUAUCUUCGCCAUGCCUGGCUCCUAGGGGUGCUAGCCAGCCUGGUGGCCGCCGAUGAAACCGAUUGCAACCCUAUCAACAGCACAUGCCCCGCCGACGCGGCGCUGUCCACAGAGCACACAUGGUGGUUCAACCAAACGCUAGAUGACAAGCUUUGGGAUAUGCAGACGGGGGAGAUAGAGUACACGUCGGAAGGAGCAGAAUUCAGCAUCAAGACGGAAAACGCCUCCACCUUGUUGGUGUCGAACUUUUACAUCUUUUUCGGUGUAAUGGAGGCUCAUGUCAAGAUGGCCAAGGGUGCAGGUAUCAUCAGCAGCGUGAUCCUGCAGUCUGAUGACUUGGACGAGAUCGAUUGGGAGUGGGUGGGAUACAACACCAGCGAGGUGCAAUCAGACUUCUUCGGAAAGGGAAACACAACGACAAGUGAUCGCGGUGGCUACCAUGCUGUAUCGAACGCGGAUACCGAGUUCCACAACUACACUACUUACUGGGACAAGGAUCGUCUGGAGUGGUGGAUUGAUGGCGAACUGAGGCGCACGGUCAACUACUCCGAACCUCUCACUGUCUAUGGCAAGAACUAUCCCCAAACGCCGUGCAGAGUCAAGGUCAGCAAUUGGCCUGUGGGUAUUGCGUCGCAGUCGAUAGGAAACAUCGAAUGGGGUGGUGGUUUGGUCAAUUGGACCGACGUCCCUUUUACUAUGACGGUACAGAAGAUCCGUGUCCAGGAUUUCUCCUCGGGCAAGGAGUACAAGUACAUCGGCCACAAUGGGUCUUACGAAAGUAUUGAAAUUGUCAGUGGAAACUCCACUGCCGCCAAAGAAAUCUCGAAGAAACCCGCCGAGACGCUUGCCCAUAAAUGGGACAAACUGGGCACAGCAGCCCACAUUGGCGUCUACUGCGGUGCCGCUGCCUUCGCUGCUCUCUGUAUCGCCGGCUUUGUCCUUUACUUCCUGCGCCAGCGCCGCCAAGGUCGUCUCGAGCGCGCUCUUGGUGAAGGUCAGGGUACUGCCGCGGACCCGACCGAGAUGGAAACGUACAAAAAGCAAUGGAGACAGAGCGACUGGACGAAUCGUCGUGGUUACCAAGCAGUGGGACAAUAG